CGACUGUGAAGCAUCGCAAAUAUUUCUGGAAUUCGCGCGAACAGAGAGUGACAGAAGGAAGGAGAAAGAUGGGGUGGGUGUGGAGGGACGACGAGGAUGAUGACAACAAUUCAACGGCGAUUGACAUAAAUCCUAGAUCGGACGGCGAUCGAUGCUUGACGAGGAAGGUGGUGAAGACGCAGUGCAAGACUGAGGAGGUGGAGCCUGGAAAGUUCGUCAGGAAGUGCGAGAAGACCGAGCAGCUUCUCAGGGACUGCGCCGGCCGGCCUGUAGAAGUGGUGCAAUCCAACAAAGAGUACACUGAAGACGACGUCACGGAAGAGGUGCUCAAAGGGUCUGCCACCUCUGGGUCAUCACAGCAUGGAGCAUUUGACUUCCCAGGGCUACGCAGUGACAUUGAAGACAUUGAACGCAACUUUAUGGGUGGCCUCAGCCGAUUCUUUGAGGCUGCCGAGGAGUUGAAGAGUGGCUUCUUCAGUGCUUUUGGGAACAUCUUUGAUGAGGGACCUUCCUCCCCACUACCUCCUAGGAGGCGCGAGGUACCCAUUGAAGGCCAUCAUCAGCAGGAAGCUUUUCCUAAAGCAAGUGGUAGCGACGACUCGGGGCACGUUGAUCUCUCUGGCUUGGCAAGAGAUGUUUGAAGCAGAGUUGUCCAUUGCCCGUGAUAAGUUAAAAGAAUGACCACAUCGGUUUACCUGUUAGUAUCGUAUCUUCCCUUUCUACUUAAUAUAGAGUACAACAGAAAAUUUCUCGCGUACAGUAGAGCAGUUCCUACGAAGGAAUUUUAGCAUGAAUCCAUCAUCCUGCCUUACGAUGUGAAUGCGCCUAGUAAUGUUAUACGAAUCUUAUUUGCUGAAUGCAUUAUCUGAUCAUUUCGUA